AUGGCCCUCAGUAUCCGGCAGAAGAGGGUGCGAAGAAUCUCCGGAGACCCAGUCGAUGGGGUUGUGGUGCAAGGCCCUGUGGAUGGUCUGGCUACUGGCACCCCACUCUAUAGUGUGGCGGUGCAAGGCACUAUAGAUGGAAGGACUACUUGUAGACCAAGGGGUUGGAGGUUUGGUACCUGGAAUGUAGGCACGUUGACAGGAAGAAGUUUGGAAGUGGUGGAGGAGCUGCAGAGGAGAAUGGUUGACGUGGCUGCAUUACAGGAGGUCAGAUGGAAGGGUGAGGGUACAAGGUUUGUGGGGGCUAAAGGUGGAAGAUAUAAGUUGUGGUGGAAGGGGGAUGAUGGUACGGGAGGAGUUAAUGUGAUGGUAAGAGAAGAGUUGGUGGAGAAGGUGUUGGAAGUGAGGCGGAGAAGCAAUGGGGUAAUUGUGGUGGUGAUGGUGUUUGGAAAAGUAAUAGUGAGGGUGAUAUCAGGAUAUGCUCCGCAACAAAGUAGGAAGGAAGAGGAGAAGGAUAGACAAGCAUUGAGACCCGUUAUGAACUUUGUAAGGAAUGAAGCAAUCAGUUCUGGUUUCAGACCCAGUGUCCUUAUGUUUUUUGAAAACACUUUCCCUUUGAAAACACAACUUAGGUCUGCCACUUCCGUAAACCAUGAUUCAGAGAUAGAAAACUACAGGAAACAUUCAGCUGGUGAUGUACCUGUAUUCAAAACCUGGCUAAUGGUCGCGCAAACCUAA